GCUUCGGCAAUCAAACCGAUCAAAAAAAUGCAAUCGAAAGCAACUAUUUGCCGUCCGAUGAGACCCUAUGUGGCAACCCAUACACUGUUAGCCAACUGACAUAACCCCCUUCUCUCUUUCUGUCUCUGUGUUGUUCGUCUAAGAAAUCUAUCUUGUUUUCUAAAAGAAGGGGCGUAGAGUAACCCCCUUCUCUCUCUCUGUCUCUGUCUUGUUCGUCUAGAGAAAUCAAUCUAGUUUUCUAAAAGAAGGGGCGUGGAGGAAGGAAGAUAUAUAGAAGUUGCUUCUCAAUUUUCCUUCUUCCAUUUUACACACGCGGCAUUUUCCGCCCGGGAUUUUUGUUGGUUAAGAUGAUUUUGGUGAUGAAUUGUAGUUUGAAGGCUAGGCACCAAGUCUAGUAUUGGCUUUUUUUCUUCUCUUCCUUCAUCAUCAGUAAAUGGGCUGCAUUAGUUCUAAAGUAGCAAGACAGUUUCCUGGACAUGAGGACCCUGUAGUUCUUGCUUCACAAACUGCUUUUAGCGUAAGUGAAGUCGAAGCACUUUUUGAACUAUUCAAGAGCAUUAGUAGUUCUGUUGUUGACGAUGGGUUAAUAAAUAAGGAGGAGUUUCAGCUGGCUCUUUUCAAGAACAGAAAGAAAGAGAAUCUCUUUGCUAAUAGAAUCUUUGACCUCUUCGAUGUUAAGCAAAGGGGAGUCAUUGAUUUUGGUGACUUUGUUAGAGCACUCAAUGUCUUUCAUCCCAAUGCCCUGCAAGAAGAAAAGAUAGACUUUUCAUUUAGGCUUUAUGAUUUGGAGAAUACAGGAUUUAUUGAGCGCCAAGAGGUUAAGCAAAUGUUGAUUGCCCUCCUUUGUGAAUCUGAAAUGAAGUUGGCUGAUGAGACGAUUGAGAUAAUUCUUGAUAAGACUUUCAUGGAAGCUGACUCUGACAAUGAUGGCAAGAUAGACAGAUCCGAAUGGCAGAACUUCGUCCGUAAAAACCCAUCCUUGUUAAAGAUCAUGACACUACCCUACCUAAGGGAUAUCACAACAACAUUUCCGAGUUUCGUUUUCAACACUGAGGUGGAUGAAAUUGCUACCUGAAAGGCAGGGAAAUAGCUUAGGAUAUUACAAAGAGUUGGUAUGAACCACUGGCUUUUCAUUUUUGUUUUUUCAAAAAUUAUUUACAGAAGUCAACAAUUGUGUUACUUGAGUUGGAAAGAUCCGUUGUGAGUAAAAGUUAUCUUUUAACUCUAAGGCACAAUUGCUACAAUUGAUCCUCUGUUCAUUUUUCUUGUUAAUAAUACUAGUUUUCUGGUGAGGUAGAAAGUAGUUCUCUCUCUCUCAAGAGUCCCAAGACUUCAGUGUUGUGUUAUGAUGAUUACUAAUCUUUUUAGAGUUAAAUAUAAUUUAGGAAAUUACUGUUGGGUCCUUAAA